GCACUCACCAUGGCGUCAUACCAGGCCGGCGUCCUCACCAUCCGGCCAGAUGGCACCACGGGUCCUCUGCCUGCGAGAUUCCUUGUCGACGUUGGGUCAAGCGAUGACGACCCCGGCUCGGUCAAACGCUAUCGUGGUUAUGUCGCCAAGGCGCAGCCUGGUCUCUUUCAGUCCCGGUCCCCUUACGACUUUGUCACUCGCUACUGUGGUCCAGAGAUAUUUGCUCAGCGUGUGACCGCCGACAGGAGGACCCCGCACGUCUCGCCCAUGCCCUUUUCCCGAACUACCACGGAUCUGACAGGUCCCGCGGCGAGACGGUUCAUGGCUACGUUUCCCAAAGGGGUGCAGCUGGUGCCGGAUCAGAGCAUGACGGGGGAUUUGGCACGCGAGCUGGAGGGGUUGACGGAUGCUGGUCUGGGGAGGGAGACAUAUGAAGAUCACAGUCGAGGUUUUUUACCGCAUAUGGCCGCCCAGCAUCAGACGUAUAACGAGUUGCACCGGGUGCAUGAGACGGAGGAGAUCUUUUACGAGGGAGAUCAGACGGGUGCGUUGCGGACUGGACCUUUGGCGAUGGCCAAUCGGACGAUCAAGUAUCUGACGCCGGGUUUGGUGAUCUGGUCACACGCCAACCAGGGGCAAAACAUUGUCUCGGAUCUUCAAACGUGGUCCAACGCACUGUGGACGGCGGGGACCACUGGGACGGGCGCGUUGCUCGAGGCCAAGCGUCUAGAUGGGCUCACGUCGAAGCAUGUCAGAGCGGGAUGGGCGCUGAUACGGGACUCGUUGACGCCGUGUCGCCUGGUGAUCGAGGAGGUGGACGUGGCAGAGGGUGGGAAGCGAUACAUCUCAAAGGUGGUCAAUGAGGAGCGGACUUUGGACGUGCACCACUCGGUCAGGAAGGCGUGGCUUCAGGUGAGGGUUGGGGGCGUUGGGAUAAGGACUGACUGUGAUAAGGCGUUUCUGCAGUGUCAUGCGAGCCAGAGGCGGUAUGCCAUUGUUCACAACUGGGACGUCACGCAGCUCAUGGAAUUGGUGAAGAAGGACCAAGUUCGUCUGUCGCAUGCAGUGGAGAGGGAUGUCGGAGCGCAUCAGAGUGCUUUUACGUUUAUGACUGCGCUUGUGGUGUUGGCAUUGAAGGAGUGGGAGGUGCCGGAAGGGGGGUUCUUGGGAUCGAUGCGGGGGGCCUUGACGGCGCGCGUGGCGGAGCAGGGCGGAGCGGCGGGGCAGGGUGGAGCAGCGGAGCAGGGUGGAGUGUCGGAGCAGGGCGGAGCGCUGGGGGAGAAUCAGGGGGGAGCGGACUCUCAAGGAUCGUUAGAGCUCCCAGAACACUCGGACGCUCCACGAUCAUCAGACUCUCCCGGAUCCUCGGAUGCUGGACCCUCAGACCCUCCCUUGUCCUCGGAUGCCGGACCCUCAGACCUUUGGCAUCGACGGGCGGCACGGAAUCCUGGGAAGCCGGCCGUCCUAAAGCAGGUCCAUACCGGAAUGGUUCCACAGCCGAUGCCGAGGUUCCAGUCGCUUUGCCCGGAUAUCAACGGUGGACUCUCGCUAUCCCUUUCGCGGGUCGCCGAUCAGCCCGGCGCACUGGUCGUGUGCCAACAAAUCGGGCUCGGUUUCACGUGGAAGGUGUUUGAUGGGGUGCUUGCUGUCGCGCCGAGACCUUCAAGAAAGCGCAGGUCGAACGAAUCCAUCAUGACGAGUUCCUCUGGGCCGUCUCCGAGGACUCCACACUUUGGCACACCCACGGAGCAGGUAGCUGUAGCCGUCAAGGUGUUUGAUCUGGCGGACAAGAUGGUGGAUGUCAUUCAGGAUGAUCCGAAUCGUAUGGAGCAACUGGAGGCGAUGGCGAUGUUGGAGGUUACAAUGUAUACUGGUAAGCUGAGGGCACUGCAGGGGAGCGUGGUGCCCAGGUGCUUUGGGGCGUGGAGAGAUACGCAUGGCAGGAUCUUCUUGUUGCUGGAGAAGCUCAGGCCGUUGCAAGCGGAGCAACUGUCUGAUUUGCCACAAUCGAUGAAAACGCAAGUGUAUGACCUCUUUCGACAGGUCCACGCCGCAGGUGUUUGCGUGGGCGAGGUGGACGUGCGACAUGUCAUGGCGGUGUCUGAUACGCAGGAGCUGCGGUUGAUUGAUUUUGACCGGUCGUCGUCGGGGGAGGCUGCCAGGAUCGAGGAUGAGAUGAGGGUCGUGCAAAGGGAGCUGGGCUGGGAGUUAUGACCGAACGUCGGCCCGCUGGACGGGUGAAUGUAUGUUUAUGACGAUGCGGU